GGGCCCCCCAGCCAGCAGUACCGCGCCCUGACGGUGCCCGAGCUGACGCAGCAGAUGUUCGACUCCAAGAACAUGAUGGCCGCCUGCGACCCCCGCCACGGCCGCUACCUGACGGUGGCCGCCAUCUUCCGGGGCCGCAUGUCCAUGAAGGAGGUGGACGAGCAGAUGCUGAACGUGCAGAACAAGAACAGCUCCUACUUCGUGGAGUGGAUCCCCAACAACGUCAAGACGGCCGUGUGCGACAUCCCGCCGCGCGGCCUCAAGAUGGCCGUCACCUUCAUCGGCAACUCCACCGCCAUCCAGGAGCUCUUCAAGCGCAUCUCGGAGCAGUUCACCGCCAUGUUCCGGCGCAAGGCCUUCCUGCACUGGUACACGGGCGAGGGCAUGGACGAGAUGGAGUUCACCGAGGCCGAGAGCAACAUGAACGACCUCGUCUCCGAGUACCAGCAGUACCAGGACGCCACGGCCGAGGAGGAGGAGGAUUUCGGCGAGGAGGCCGAAGAGGAGGCCUGAGGGUUGUUGGGUUUACCUUCCCCCCCUUUCCGUUCCCGGUGUGCUGUCCCAGGGCGGCGCCUUCGGCGUCGUUCGUCCUUCGUCAUCGUCAUCGGUGGCAU